CAUUAUGGGCUCCUCCUUUAUUACUACCAAAUUUCUCUUGAUCAUAUUAAUUUGUUCAACUUCUUUCAAAGCAAGUUCUUCUCUUAAUUCUUCAUCAACAUUGAACACUACUCAUAUAUCUUCCUUAAAAUCAUUAUGCAAUUCCACUCCAUAUCCAAAAUCAUGUUUCAACACAAACAAGUUGUCAAUCUCCAUUAACAUUAGUCCAAACAUCUUAAACAUUCUCCUACAAUCUCUUCAAACAGCCAUAUCAGAGACAGGACACCUCACAACUCUGUUCUCCUCUGCUGGACGCUCAAAUCUUGUCGAAAAACAAAAGGGUAUUGUGCAAGAUUGCAAAGACCUCCAUCAAAUUACAAUAUCUUCUUUGAAAAAAUCCGUCUCCAGGAUCAAUACUGCAUCAGCUAACUCCAAACAUUUAGCUGAUGCAAAAACGUUUCUCAGUGCAGCACUGACAAACAAAGCUACUUGCUUAGAAGGACUCGAUUCGAGUAGUGGAUCAUUGAAAUCUACGUUGAUUAACACUCUGAGUAGUACUUACGAGCAUGUUAGUAAUUCUCUGUCUAUGCUCUCGAAGUACUCUGUUAAAAAACAGAGCACUCUGUUUCCAAAACAGGGAAAAAAACAGGGGAAAAAACAGAGUACUCUGUUUAAGAAACAGGGGAAUGGAAAUAGGCAUCGCCGGCUGUUGUCAGCCAGCGAGCCGAUGUGGCUGUCUCGGAAAGACAGACACAUAUUGCAGAGCGAUGACGAUUAUGAUCAGAAUGACGAUUUGACGUAUACAGUUGCAGCUGAUGGAAGUGGAAAUUUCAAGACCAUAAGUGAAGCUAUCGAUUUCGCCCCAAAUAACAGUUAUGAUAGGAUAUUUGUGUAUAUAAAAGAAGGUAUUUAUCAAGAAAAUGUUGAGAUUCCAAAUUGGAAACCUAACAUUGUUUUUCUUGGAGAUGGAAGUGAUGUUACUGUAAUUACUGGUAAUAGAAGUGUUGUUGAUGGUUGGACUACUUUCAGAUCUGCCACUGUUGCGGUAUCCGGUGAAGGGUUUUUAGCCCGUGACAUAACUUUUGAGAACACAGCUGGACCCGAGAAGCACCAAGCAGUUGCUCUUCGUAUCAAUGCAGACUUAGCUGCCGUCUACCGGUGCACCAUAACCGGUUACCAAGACACUCUUUAUGCCCACUCAUUCCGACAAUUUUACCGCGAAUGUGACAUCUACGGGACAGUAGAUUACAUUUUCGGUAACGCAGCUGUUGUUUUCCAAGGGUGUAACAUAGUGUCAAGGUUACCAAUGCCUGGUCAAUUUACAGUAAUUACAGCUCAAUCGCGCGAUUCACCCUAUGAAUAUACUGGCAUUUCGAUACAAAAUUGUUCAAUUUUAGCCACAGAGGAUUUGUACUAUAAUUCUAGUACUAUUAAUAGUUACCUAGGUAGACCGUGGAGAGAUUAUUCUCGUACAGUUUACCUAGAAUCGUAUAUAGACGGUUUUAUUAAUCCGGAGGGAUGGAAAGAAUGGUCCGGAAAUCAAAGUUUGGAUACGUUAUACUACGGAGAAUACGAAAACAGUGGGCCCGCCUCAGGGGUUGAUAAUCGGGUUACGUGGUCGGGUUAUCAUAUAAUGGACUAUUACGAUGCUGCUAAUUUUACGGUAUCGGAGUUUAUUACUGGGGAAGAAUGGUUAGAUUCUACGUCUUUUCCUUAUGAUAAUGGGGUGUAAUUAACUACUAAUUAAGAUUAGUGUAUUUAAUUUCUUCCCACUAAUCUGUAUAGUGGGUAAUAUAUAGUUCUUAAUUUUAAUUUUACUGAUAUAGUUGCAAAAGCAGCACUGUAACAUGCCAAGGGUUACUAAUAAAUGAAAAUUAAUUAUAUA